AUGGAUGGGAAAAUUAAAAAAUCUACAGCAGUGUCUACAGUUCUCUCUCAACCCCUGGGUUAAACAGGUUCAAGAAGAGACUAGGGAGAGUAUUCAGAUGCAAGUUGUUGUGAAAAAGGUGCUGGUCUUGGGAAGCUGUCUCAAACAAGUGGAAAUUACAAGAUUUAAAUGCCUUUGCCUAAACGUUUUUUUAAGUGUUUUUAGCGAGAAAAUAAUAUGUCCAAUGGGAUAAUUUAAAAUUUUAGUGUUUUGAUAUUCUUUUGGUGUUUUGAAACAAUUAAUCCUUGCUGGUUUUUAACGUCAAAAUAGUGCCAUCUGAUUCUCAAAAGGAAACUCGGUGUAAAUUUCUGAACAGCUCAGUUUGCUAAAAUAUUUUGAUAAUUCUGAAUUUAAACCGUUCGAUUUGCCGGGUACAAGUAGGGUCUAAACUUCCCUGUCUUCAGACGUUUCUCCCGUUCUCCAGUUCCUCUGUUCCCCGGUACCCUAUUUUAAAGAUAACCAUCACCAGGCCAUCACCCAUAUCACCCAUUACUAUCAGUUUCACGCAGGUUUCACGUGGUUCACGAAUAUCUGUACUCGUGAAUAGUCGUAAUAUCUCGCAUCAUCUUCGGAAGUUAAGUUAAAUUUAAAAAUUUAUUAUAAAAAAGAUUUUGUUUUUUAUUGCAAGAAGCGAGUACAAAAUCCUUUUUAAGAUCUCAACCUUUUUAAAAGAUGUAUCCAAGUGAAUUGAAAAUAAUAGUUUAUGCUGCCAGAAAUUUACAGCCAAAGAAAAAAGGAGGUGUUUGUCAAGCGUCAGUGAAAUUUGGAGUUGGCAAAGACAAAUACCGCACUGAAGUCGUCAAUGGAGAUAAUCCAACAUGGAAUGAAGAAGGGAUUAUCGCUGUUGGCAGUCCAAACGCCUCGCUUGUUCUAACGGUAAUGGACAAAGAAGACACUCUUGGUAACAUAACUCUGCCAGUAAACAGUCUUCCUUCGGCAGCUCAUAAACGUCGCUGGCUUCCUCUUCAACUAAAACAUCGUCAACCAACAUCGAGUGAUCUCUGUUUUGAUUGCUGGAUUACGCAGUUUAAGAAGGAGACUGUUUGGAACAAGUUUAAUCCAUUCUUCUCAAGCACUCCGAGUCCUCAGGAAAAACGUCGUGACUCGAUAGCAAGUGCCUCAACAGGAAUCCGUGGUUCAACUUCAACCCUUGACCUUUGCUCAAAAAGUUUAGAACGAGACAGACGCGACUCAAUACAAGACGAACCCACAGGCAGACGUCUCUCGUCUUCGGGAAAAACCACGAGUGGUACGAAUCUUUCCGGCCCACCACGAGCACCGUCGAUUAUUCAACAGGACUCGCUGUUAUCUUCACGACCCAAGUUAUUGCCAACGUUGGGAGCUGUAAUGUCCAUGAAAGGACCACCUGAAAUCACCGGAAUCUCUCCGAGAUACGGACCAUCAAAAGGGGGUACAAAAAUCACUAUCAGAGGUUGCAACCUGGGUGUCAACGCUAGCGACUACCUUGGUUUUAGCAUAUGUUCGAUCGACCAUCUUGACAGUUUAGAGUACCAUACACCAGCUAAACUGGUGUGCACUACCCAACCUUGGGAUGGUAAGAAACCUAAUCGUGGGGCUAUCAUUCUCAUGACAAAAUCCGGAGGUCGUGGGGUCUCCACUAUUAAAUUUGAAUUCAAAGGUGAUCCAGUUGUGGCCAGGAAAAAGAGUUUAAGAGAAAAAGUUUUAGGUGAAAGUAACAAAAAAAGUAAAACUUCGGUUGAAGUUGAAAAUCUUCGCCAGAAUGUUCAAGAUCUGACAAAUGAAAACCAAUCAUUGAGGAACUACAUUGAUAAAAUGAUGGUCGUACUGAUGGAGAAAUAUCCCGAUGCCCUCGAAGCAACCGUGUCGGGUGAAAAAUCCACAAAGAUGUGACCAUCCAUAGUCUAGAGAAUGAACCUUUAUAAAAUCAAAAUGAUUUUGUGUAUUACUGACUAUGCGAUGUCAACAAACAACAAGAUAUAUGUGCUUGAUGUGUCGGGGUCGACGCCCAAGGCAUGGGCAUCAAAUAAUUAAACGAGUGUUCGUCUGAAAAAGCAAACAACGGCACGGUGCUUAGCUCCCGAUUAUCCUAAUCUUCUGGAUUAAAAAAUAAAGCACUUUAAUCUUAAUCAAGCAGCUUACGUUGAAAUACUUCAUUAGUGUAAAAUAAAAUGGCUUCCAAAUUGCAAUUUGUAUAAACUAUGUUGUAUAAAU